UUAGGACUGGGUGGCAGUCAAUCUUACCUCUCGCCAUCCUGAUGUCCUAAUCGCAAGAAAGAGAGUCAAAGGGAAAAUGGGUUUGGCCUAAGGCUCAAAUCUGAUGAGAAAGUCCUUGGUACACCAGAGCCUGCCCUUGGGAGUGUGUGGGUCUGGGAUAGAACAAGGAAGAGAGAGGGCAGGUAAAAACUGCUCAUAGUCACAUGUGUUCACUACUGAGGGAGCUUCCAGAGGCUGGCAGCACCUUUGGUUGGGACACUGUUCUGGGACUUUACUUCUCUCAGGCUUCCGGGCACCAUGCCUUGCUCCAAGCAGCCUAAUUACUUCCAGAGUCUGACGCUUCUGCAGUGGCCUUUGAGCUACCUUGCCAUCUUUUUGAUCUUGCAGCCGUUGUUCAUUUACCUGCUGUUUACAUCUUUAUGGCCGCUACCAGCAUUUUACUUUGCCUGGUUGUUCCUGGACUGGAAGACCCCUGAACAAGGUGGCAGGCGUUCAGCCUGGGUAAGGAACUGGUGUGUCUGGACCCACUUCCGGGACUAUUUCCCCAUUACGAUCCUGAAGACUAAAGACCUGCCACCUGAGCACAACUAUCUCAUGGGGGUGCACCCUCACGGCCUCUUGACCUUUGGUGCCUUCUGCAACUUCUGCACUGAGGCCACAGAUUUCUCGAAGAUCUUCCCAGGCAUCACUCCUCACUUGGCUACGCUGUCCUGGUUCUUCAAGAUCCCCCUUAUUAGGGACUACCUCAUGGCCAAAGGUGUGUGCUCUGUGAGUCAGCCAGCCAUUGACUACCUGCUGAGCCAUGGCCCUGGUAACCUCGUGGGCAUUGUAGUGGGAGGAGUGGGAGAGGCCCUGCAAAGUGUGCCCAACACCACCAACCUCAUCCUCCAGAAGCGCAAGGGGUUUGUGCGAACAGCUCUCCAGCAUGGGGCUCAUCUGGUUCCCACCUUCACCUUUGGAGAGACUGAGGUAUAUGAGCAGGUGUCAUUCCCUAAGGACAGCUGGAUGUACAAGUUCCAGAACUGGUUCCGCAGUAUCUUUGGUUUCUAUUUUUGUGUCUUCUAUGGACAAAGCUUCUGCCAAGGCACCAUUGGGCUCCUGCCAUACGCUCGGCCUAUAGUCACUGUGGUUGGGGAGCCUCUGCCAGUGCCCAAAAUUGAAAAGCCAAGCCAAGAGAUAGUGGAUAAAUACCACGCACUCUAUAUGGACGCCGUGCACAAACUGUUUGACCAGCAUAAAACUCAGUAUGGCUGCUCAGAGACACAAGAGCUAGUUUUCCUGUGACUGAAAGCCACAGAAUCAGAAUGUCAGAAAGUCAGAAAGCCUGUCCUGGAGAGGAGACUCAUCUGCCUGAUAACCAAAGGGGUCUGGAGGAGAAAGGGACAUGAAGGAGGGCUGUGGAGGGAGGGGCAGGAAAAGGUGAAUUAGGAAAUCCUUUCUUGCCACAGACCUUACAGGAGUUCUUCCUGAGGAGCUUCAUUUAGUCAUUCCUCCAGAAAGGGGAAUCCUGAGGCCCUUCGUGCCAAUGAACGGGGCAUGCUCCCUGCCCUGCUCCCUACUGACUUUCCUAUCUGAGCCUGACACUGCAGGACAUCUGAAGAACUUCUGAAGGACUCCAAAUGAUCACCAGGAAG